AUGGCAGACGUGAGGUCUCUCCUGCGCCGACAAAAGGCCUCGCGGAGAAUAGACCACCCCUACGCUGCCUACUCGACCGCCGGAAAGCUGCUUUGCACCCUGUGUAGAGAACAGGUCAAGGCCGAAUCAUUAUGGGACACCCAUUUGCUCGGCCAGCGCCACCAGCACAUGGCACGACAGAAAAAGGUCACUCAGACGGACUCGACGCCGACACCAGAGCCAGCGCCAGCGCCAGCGCCACCACACGAUGCCGCCGCCGCUCACAAACGGAAACUGGAACCCGUCGACGAGCACGACGGCGAAGCGGAAAAGUCACAAGACGCCGUCCGUACGAAGCGUAGCAAGCCCGACAUUGCGCCUCUCACGGGCAUAGCCUUCAACGGCACUCCUGCCGCCGCCGCCGCCGCCCGGGAUCUCGCCGCCAAGAAUGGAAGCGACAGCACGCCGGACAGAGUCAACAGCGCCGGCAGCAACCACAGCAAAGAAAGCACAAGGACACCUCCAAGCCUGUUGCGCAGGCUGUCCACCACCCCCUCGCAGGGCGUCGAACUCCAGAUCCCGUCGCGGCCAGCGACGCCCGCUCAUCGAGAAGGCCGGUCCGCCUCCUCGGCCUCGGCGUCGGCAGGAUAUUUUCCCCCUCAGCCUCAGACGGGUACCCCCACGACGCCGUUGCACCCCGACCCCUCACCCGCCGGCACCUCAGGUCCAGAGCACGCCGCGGCCUCAGCGGCAGCCUCCACGGCAGACAAGACCGGCUCAGGGACUCCCCAAGUCGACGAGUCCGAAUGGGCCGCCUUUGAGGCAGACGUCGCCGCCGCAGCGGCGCCCUACGACCAAGGCGCAGUCAUCUCCGCACCAGCCAUGACCGCAGGGGAAGUCGCUGCCAAGGAGGCCGCACGCGCAGAUGGCAAGGCCCAGGCAGACUUGGACAUUGAGGACGAGAGGGAAGAGGCCACUCGCGCGCUGCAGGACGAGUUCGCGGAGAUGAAGGAGCUCGAAGCCCGAGUCAGGAGCCUCAAGGAGAAGAGGGACGAGAUCCUGAAAAGGAGGAGAGAGGGCCAAGGUGUCGAAACCGCGCCCCAAACUCGGGCGUCGUUAGCUGCCGACGAGGAAGACGACGCCGACGAAGAGGAGGAGGACGACUGGGAUGGCUUCCGUUUCCGCACAUGA